AUGAACAUCUUUUCGUUCCUUUUCGUGCUUAGCUUGGCACGGAAUGCUUUCGCCGCCGAUAAUACCAACACGAAGUUCACAUACCCCGUGAAACCGGCCGGUCUUGAAGGCCCCACGUUCGAAUCAGGCCAGAACGUCGUCUUCAACUGGACGACAGAUGCUGACAAGCUUAACUUGCUUCUCUGGACAAACAAGAACACCCGAUCAAUCACGUUAGGAAAGAGCAUCUCGUCCAAGUCCUUCACUUGGACAGUAGACUUUUAUGCCUUUUCGAAGACCGACCCGCCCAGCGACACGUACUAUUUCCUUGGACUUUUUGUUGAUGGCUCGACGAGCACUUCGGCUCAAUCUUCAAGAUUCUUCAUCACACUACCUGAUGGGAGUGAAUCCGGGUCCACUUCAACUUCAACACUCCUCACUCCUUCGCCAACUAGUGAUUCGGCAACCACGACUUCAUCGGAGAGCUCUUCAGCAACGGCGGCGAGUGUUACUUCGACACCCGGGUCCGGUACUGAAGGUCUCGGCGCAGGUGCCAUAGCUGGUAUCGUUAUCGGGGCCAUUCUGGGAGUAGGCUUAUCCGUUUUCAGGGAGAAAUCUAAGUUUCACCAAAGAUCGCUGCGGACGCCAAAUACCAUUCUCCUCCUGUGCAAGAGGCACCCGGAGACGGGAACGUUUCUCGGUCACCGCCACCAGUUGAGCUUGGAUAAGAUUUACGCGAGUACCAGAAGUCGUACAGUCGGACUCACCAUAUGGCCUUGGGCAUGGUAUACCCAGCGCGCUCGACAUUGCGAGUUGCUGAGAAACUCAGUAGAUGGGUUUAUUCGCUCGGUUUCGUUGUCUAAUCAGUCAGCUACUGGCGCUGGCCCAACGGCAUCGUAUAACCUAACUGUCGGCAACCCGGUCGGCCGAUCGGCCGAUGAGACUGGCUGCGCAAUCAAUCUGCUGGAAGCCGACAACUUCGCAUGCAAACCAGUUGAAUUACGCAUUUCAAGGCAAGAAUAUGGUAGUUUGAGUGAAGAGCGAGGACGGCUACAUAUCAAGGUGACCGAGGGCCAAGCUUAUAAGAACGGUAAUGUGAAUAGCUCAUCUCCUUCUCAUCCUCUCAAAACAACAGCUUCAAAGAAAACACCUGAUCUAACAACUACUUUUGUUUCUUCACGAACUGGGAAUCGCGUUCAUAGAAUGUCUGAAAAAAAGAUUCUUAUCCUGGGAAGCGGCCUGGUGGCCAAGCCAUGUGUCGAAUAUCUGCUUCGCAAUGAGAAGAACAAGUUGACAAUAGGUAUUCCAUUCCGCUUCCAUUCUAAAUCACUAUCAGAGGUCACUAACACUUUUGUAACAGCUUGCCGAACCCUUUCGACAGCCGAAAGUUUGGCUUCAAAUCAUCCUCGAGCCAGCGCUAUUUCUCUGGAUGUGGCAUCUCCAAAGCUCGAUAGCCAUGUGGCAUCUCAUGACCUGGUAAUUUCACUUGUCCCAUUCAUUCAUCACCAGAAUGUCGUCGAAGCUGGCAUACGUGGCAAAACUCACGUCGUGACUACGAGCUACGUGUCUCCGGCGAUGAGAGAAUUGGAAUCUGAAGUGAAGGCUGCCGGGAUCACGGUUCUGAAUGAAGUUGGCCUCGAUCCUGGAAUCGACCACCUCUACGCUAUUCGUAUCAUUGACGAAGUUCAUAGCAAGGGAGGAAAAAUCAAGGAAUUCCAUUCGUACGCCGGCGGCCUCCCAGAUCCAGAGUGCUCCAAUAACCCCCUGCGCUUCAAAUUCUCCUGGUCGCCCCGAGGCUCGCUCCUUGCGCAGCUCAACCCGGCAUCCUACUUCCAGAAUGGUCAGAUCGUUGAUGCUUCCCGCGAAGAUCUCAUGAAGCAGGCCAAACCAUACCACGUGAUGGACGGGUACUCGUUCCUCGCAUAUCCGAAUCGGAACUCCGUCCCUUUUCGGGAGUUUUACAGAAUUCCUGAAGCGGAGACGGUUGUGCGCGGGUCGCUGCGGUAUGAAGGGAACCCGGCUUUUGUGGCGGCGUUGACGAAGCUCGAAUUGCUGGACACGCAGCCACUGACAUGGCUGGAGAAGGAUAGUGAUGGUUUGAUGUUGCGGGAGGUUUUCGGACGGGCUGUUGGUGCUGCCGGGACUGAUGAAGAGACACUUACCACCCGCAUUGAUGAGAUUUGCGAAUUUCCGGACAUCACUGAGAGGAACAGAAUCAUUGACGGCCUGCGAUGGAUCGGGCUCUUUUCCGACAAUCCGGCAACCCUCCGCGGCAAUCUCCUAGACACACUGUGUGCGGAGCUCGAAAGGCUCAUGAGCUAUCAGCCCGAUGAGAGAGAUCUGGUCAUGCUCCAGCACAAGUUCAUCGUUGAGUGGAAAGAUGGUAGUAGAGAGACCAUCACAUCGACACUGGAGCUCUUCGGAGAACCUGGUGGGCAUUCAGCCAUGGCCAGGACCGUAGGUGUUACCUGCGGUAUUGCUACCCAGCUAUUAAUGGACGGGGAACCUGCUUUGAAUGUGCCGGGGGUGUUGGCACCCUACACUUCAGAGAUCUGUGACCCCAUUCGCAAGUUGCUCGAGAAGGAGGGGAUUAGCAUGCUCCGUAAGACUGGUAUCACGCACCAUAUUGUGGUCAAUAAAGGCUCGAUCCUUCUUUCGCUUCAUCUUGUGUUAGCUUUCGCCAAAUCCAAACAUCUUGACACUGUUUCUCCAGGCCGCAUCAGCAACUUCAUCCACACUCAACCCCUUGAGCCCCGCCACGACAAAAGCCACCCUGUCCAUGGUACAACUCUCAUUUCUCCCCUUCACCAUGAGGCCCAACUCGAACUUGUCCUUCUUCUUGCUCUGCGGCAAAGCCGACGCGUUACCAAGAUACCUCUUCGCCACCUCCGAGCCCGCCGGUAUCUCACCCCACGGUGCAUCCGUCUCGAUUUGUAA